AUGUUUGUAAGAUCUCUACAGCGUAGCAUAAGUCGUAUUCAACCUUCAUGGGCUUCACGUCUGUAUUCACAGACGCCAGAGGAAAAACUGGUUUAUGAUAAACUCGCGAAGGCACUCGAACCAAAAUCACUACAAGUGGUUGACGUAUCAGGCGGUUGUGGCUCAAUGUUUGCCAUUAGUGUCAUAAGUGAUAAGUUCCAAGGACUGCCCAUGGUUAAGCAACAUAAAAUCGUUAAUGAACUCCUAAAGGACCAUAUCAAAAGCUGGCAUGGAUUACAGUUACGAACUAAAGCCCAAUAG